AUGGUUCAUGAAAGAAUGGUGGUGGUGUUACCUAAUCUUAUAUCACCAACCCAAUCAGGCUUUGUUAAAGAAAGGAACAUUACAGAGAAUAUCUUAUUGGCGCAGGAAAUAAUUAGAGACAUUAACAGGAGGAACAAAAAUAUUAAUGUGGUUGUCAAGUUGGAUAUGGCCAAAGCAUAUGACAGAGUUUCUGGGAUCUUUCUAACAAAAGUUCUGAGAAAAUUUGGCUUUGCAGAGGCAAUCAUUGAUAUGAUAUGGAGAAUCAUGUCCAACAAUUGGUACUCAGUAUUAAUAAACGGCAAAGCACAUGGAUUUUUCCAGUCCUCGAGAGGACUGAAGCAGGGUGAUCCAUUAUCACCAACCCUGUUUAUUAUUGCAGCAGAGUUAUUAGCUAGAUGGUUAAAUAAUUUACACAGGGAUAUAGCGUGA